AUGGCAGUAGCACACGAUGAAGCGACGAUGGAGCUGAUCAAGACGCGACUAUCACACUCGGAGAGGCCAUUGAUCCGACUGGUGCGCACGUUCUACAAGCUGUCGAUGAUUCCUGCGGCGGGGAGUCAGGAAUCAGAAGAGGGAAGAGGGGCGAUCGAAGAGGAGCUGCAAAUCGUGCACAUGAGCUUCAUCCUCGAACUGCGGCAGCUGAUCAAGACCUUGAAGGAGCUCAAAGGGACUCGGGCCGUCGAACUCAACCGCUCGGAAUCUCGCCAGCUCGAAAUCGAACGCAAUCGACUCGAAGAGCAGGCUCGUCAGGAAAAACUCAAGAUCCUCAACUUGGAAUCUCAGUUGGAUCAAGCCAGAAGAGAUCGUAGAAAUAAGAUCCAGUACGAAGAAAUCGGCAAAGAAGUCAGGAGAUUUAGCGAUCGAUUCCAAAGUGCUGAUCGAAUUAACGGUCUGGCACGUGAGAUUGAAAGCUUGCUAGAAGAGCAAGGAUUCUAUGCAGAACGAUGGGCCUCUCGACGAGCACAAUUCGAUACGGUGAUAUCGAACCUCGAAGUAUUACAAGAGAGCAUCAAGGAAGAGAAAGCCGAUGCGGACCGGAAGAAAGCUUUGAAUGAUGACGAGUCGGAUGAUGGGAAUAUUGGAGAAGAGGGUGGGGAGAGUGCCGGCGGGACGAAGUCUGGAGGAGUGGAAGAAGCGGAGCCAAGCGACCGGGGGGAGGGCAAGCCGGAGACGGGUGGGCCCGAGAUGCCGAAGGGCUUGAAUCCGCAAGCGGCGAGCUUCCAGCCGCCUUCUGCAGGAGGAGGAGACCAGCCACGGCCGACGACGGAGAGAUCGGAUGACCGGAUGAAGAUCGACGAGGGGCCCCACGCCCGCACGCCCCGUCCCCCAUCCGAGCUCGACAUCAAGACCGGCGAGCUCCAGCCGAUGGACAUCGACGGCUUCGAACCCAAGACCGGCCUCUCCCAUGGAAGUUCGGCCGAAGACGGCUUGGUGAUCGAGGAGGCCACGAUGGAAGAUGGCGAGGAAAUCGAAGAGGCCGAGGAGGGUGAAGAGAUGGAACACCAAGCUUGA